UCCAUCAUCAUACCACCAUUACCAUCUCAUCAAGCCUUCAUCUCCCUCUCUCUCUCCCUCUCUCUAUAUACCUCUCCCUUAUCAAUUUCAAACCACUUGCUUGGAUCCCACAUUCGUAGCUCGAUCCAUAUGAGAAAACCGGAUCUCAUGGGAAAAGAUCGAGUACUAAUCAAUAACAACAUUGCUAACAAUAACAACAAGAACAACAACAAUAAGCUUAGGAAGGGCUUGUGGUCGCCUGAAGAAGAUGAGAAGCUCAUGAGCUACAUGCUGAGAAAUGGACAAGGGUGCUGGAGCGAUAUCGCUAGGAAUGCCGGCCUGCAGAGGUGUGGCAAAAGCUGCCGCCUUCGUUGGAUUAACUACUUGAGACCCGACCUCAAGCGCGGCGCAUUCUCACCCCAAGAAGAAGAGCUCAUCAUCCACUUGCAUUCCAUCCUUGGCAACAGGUGGUCUCAGAUCGCGGCGCGCCUACCAGGGAGGACCGACAAUGAAAUAAAGAACUUCUGGAACUCUACCAUCAAGAAGAGGCUGAAAAACAGCUCGCAGACGCACUCGCCCAACGACUGUCAUGAUUCGUCUUUGGAGCCUAGAGUUAUAGUAGAUAACAUUAAUGCCAUGGGCAUGGGCGUUGGAGGAUCAUCAGGAAUGCUGUUGUCCAUGCAUGAACAUGAAAUGAUGAACAUGUACAUGGACUCAUCUUCCUCCUCAUUUUCCUCCAUGAACUCCAUGCUAACAAGCAACCAGUUAGACAACCCUUUCCCUCUCCUGGACAACCGGCAUGACCAAAUGGUAUUCAGCCUGCCAAACUGCAUGGCAAAACCCGAAAUGACCGAUGAGUUCGACGGACGAUAUGGGGUGAUGGGAGGUGGGAAUAUGGGGGUAGAGAGGGAGAUUUCCAUACCGGGAUCACGGAGUAAUAGCACCACUGAGGAGAACAAUGGUGCAACUCAGAAUGAGUACUACACCAUUGACAUGAAAAACAAUAAUAGCAAAGUAGAGGAGAGUGACAACAUUUUUGGAGUGGGAAAUCAUUGGCAAGGUGAGAACAUGGGAAUUGGAGAGUGGGAUUUGGAGGGUUUGCUGGAAAAUGUUUCCUCCUUCCCUUUCCUUGAUUUCCAACUUCAAUAAAACUCUCCUCUCGUCUCCUAGGCAAUUUUGGAGGAAAAGAAAAGAAAAACUAAACAACCCUUAAAAGUUUUGGGUUGUUUAUUUUUUUGAGGGGUGUUGAAUAAGAUUGAAGGUGAGUUUGGGGGGAGAAUUAUUGGGUGAAAAAACAAAGGAAAUAAUAAUGGUUGUUUUUGAGGGAAUUGUGAAUAGAAAUAAUGAAGACUUGAGUUGGAGAA